GUCGCCGUCUAUACACGUAUACUCUGGGCUGCUGCAUUCAAAAUGGCGGAGAAAGAAGUUCCUCUCACGGCCGUCAAGGUCGAGGCCUUGGUGGUGAUGAAAAUCAUCAAGCACGGCUCGCAAUCUUUCCCCACGACUGCGACCGGUUCGAUCGUUGGUAUGGAUGUCAACGGCACCCUGGAGAUCACCAACUCGUUCCCUUUUCCCGUCGUUGAGAUGCCCGCCGAGUCGCACUUCGACAACGCCGCCCCCAACCCGGCCGCCGCUGCUCCCCGUGCGAAGGCCAACGCCGUCUACCAGGCCGAGAUGGUCCGUAUGCUUCGCGAGGUCAACGUUGACGCCCAGAACGUCGGAUGGUACACCAGCGCCAACAUGGGCAACUUUGUCAACAUGAACGUGAUCGAGAACCAGUUCUUUUACCAGAAGGAGAUGAACGAACGUACAGUCGCCUUGGUGCACGAUGUCAGCCGUAGCGCCCAGGGAAGCCUGAGCCUGCGUGCCUUCCGCCUGUCUCCCAAGUUCAUGACUGCUUUCAAGGAGAACAAGUUCACCUCCGAGGAGCUCCAAAAGUCCAACCUCAGAUACCAGGACAUCUUCGUCGAACUUCCCGUUGAGAUCCACAACUCCCACCUGAUCACCUCUUUCGUCCACCAGCUUCAGUCCCCCAUCCAGUCCGCCCCCACGGAUCUCCCCGCCUCUUUGUCUGCUCUGGAGUCUGGACCCUUCGCCAAGUCCUCCGUGCUGGCCCCCAACUUCGACAACCUCUCCCUCAGCAUCGAUCCUUUCUUGGAGAAGAACUGUGACCUUCUGCUCGACAGCAUCGAGGUCCACCACACCGAGACCAACAACUUCCAGUACUACCAGCGCUCGCUUGCCCGUGAGCAGGCCAAGAUCACCGCCUGGCAAAACAAGCGCAAGACCGAGAACGCCAACCGUGCGACUCUCAAGCAGCCCCUCCUCCCCGAGGACGAGUGGCAGCGGCUGUUCAAGCUCCCUCAGGAGCCCAGCCGUCUGGACAGCAUGCUGAACAGCCGCCAGGUCGAGCAGUACGCCCGCCAGGUGGACAGCUUCGUCGCCUCCACGACGGGCAAGAUGUUCGCUGUCAAGGGUAACCUUCUGCCGGGAGAGACCGCCAAAUAGAAUGGAGGACUUCUAGAGGAAGCGCGAAGAAGACGAAGAUGAAGAUGAAGAAGAAGGGCCAAACUGAUAUGAUUUGUCUCACACUGUGGGGAUUCUGGAAAUCGCAUGCAUGACCUUACGGCGUAGGGAGGGAAAAUUCUGUAUCUGACUGUUAAUAUGUCUCCUGGUUGUUUCUUAAUUCCAGUGACGAAUAGAGUUACGGGAUAUGACUUUUGGGGGAGAAUUCGCUUUCAAUCUAUAUAGGUUUUUUGUUUGUUGUUUACCGAUGUUUCCCCAUCCCCUCCCCCCCUGUUUCGCCUUUGGUGAGAGCGUCUCUGCAUGUUUCCCCAGGUUGACUGUUUUGGGAAUGGCGCUGCCCUAAUUGCUGUGUUAGGGUACGAUGCGUCCACGUGACGUGGCAUUGAUGACCUCAUCGUUUGAUACCUUUGCUGCCGAUAACGAUUAGAUAAGGAUUGAUACAAUCAUUACAAUGACG